AUGGCUACCGGCGCUGUAUCCCCCUUCGGAAAGCCCGCCUCCAUCUUCCCACCGCCGCCAUCCCAUCCGUUCCUCGCCCGUUCCUCGCCCACACACCACGCCCACACCACGCCCACACCGCUUCCUGCGAUUCGCCACCCCAUUCCUUGCGGAGAUCACCAUGUGCCCCCCCCCCGGCCACCCAAUGCCUGCGCACCGCGCGACCAGAAAACCCAGCGCGGGCUUGGCGAACGUCUGGUGGGGUGGGUCGUCUACCCGUUGUCGUCUACCCGUUUUCGAAUGGGUGCGCCGGCCGAGGAUCUGGCCGGUGGGAGAGGGGGGUGUCUGGGUACGAACGGGACGGAUGUGACGGAUGCGACGGACGCUGUGAGAGUGGUUGGUGGGAUGAUGGACCCCCACUCGGGAUGUAGUGCCCGACGGACGCGACGCUUGAUAAGGAGAGGGACCGCUGAGCUUUGCCGUGCUUGCUCAAUCUCGGUAGUUGAGAUGGAAGAACGAGUUCUCGCAGUCGCCGAGGAGAGAGGAUUUCUGCCCUUACCGAGGUUCAGGUGCUCCGCUGCCCCGCUGCCGCUCGUCAUUUUGCUUCACAUCCACCGUGAGACGGGCGCCAAGGGUAUGACUUCACCGGUUGACGGCGCCCAUGUACUGUACAGCAUCUGGGAGCCGGCAGUCCGCCUACGGCCUACGGGAAUAGCAGUGGGGAGGUGCCUGCGCCCGAGAUGUCUCGGGCGUGAUGGACGGAUCAACCUUCCCCUCUCAAACGGCGCGUGGGCGACACCCGUACAGAAGUUCUGUUUACCUCUUUCAGGGCUGUUGUUUGGCGGCGUGAAGGACCCUGAGAUGCUGUAG